GCCUAAAAUCCCUUAGCGAAGCAGGAAAGGAACACGUAUAUUUUUUGAGCAACACGUUAUCAAACUGACGUGUUAUCAAAUAAUUACAUUUCGAUGUUCGCGAUUCAAAUAUGUUUUUUGUCUUAAUUUUUGAAUUUGUGUCGUGUUCUAAGUUUUAAACUCGUAAUUAUCUCUAAUAUGUUAAAAUUUUAACCUUGAUACUAUACUAAUAUGUAAAGUCAUAAAUAUUUAAACUGCAAUGUUAAUCAAAACUUUAUGGAUUUUAAUUUGUGUUCUGGAGAUUACUAGUCAAAAAAAUCAAGACAAAGAAGACGUGUUUGUUCCAACUCGAGAAUGGCAAGUUGUUAAAAAGGGACAAAGUAUUCCAAAAGGACUUCAUAUCAGAGUAAAUUUUGAAACUGGUGUUACUGAAGCAAAACUUUUAGAUAGAGAUGAUGAAGUAAGUAGAAACAAUGCAUUGUUAGAAGUGCCUCAAGAAAAGAAAGACGAUGAAGAAUUUUUGAAGCCAGAGAAUAUUAAAGAAACACUGAAAAAAAUUAAAGCAGAUGACAUAUUAAAAGUUGAUGAAAUAAAGGACGUUAAAGGAAAGUUUCGAAGCUAUGAAGACUUAAAAAAGGAAAUGAAUUCUUUAAAUUUAACUCCUAAAAUUGAUGCAGAAAUUUUAACAGAUCUAUUUAAACAAUUCGAAGACGAAAUGGAAAGAGAAAAAAUUAAUAUUUACACUAUUAUAAGAAUUCUAGAAGAUCUUGAUUUUUUAGCUCACCAGUUUGACAAUGCUUUAGAAUUUGUUCGUCAGAAUGGAUUUAAAGAAAUUAUCUAUAAAAAUUUGAAUUCAUCUGAUAGUCAAAUAAAACAAGAAACUUUAAAAUUAUUUGGUUCUUUGGUACAGAAUAAUGGCAAAGUUCAAAUACAUGCUUUAGAAACUGGCAGUAUAGGUAUUUUAUUAAGGAUUUUACAUUUAGAAUCUGUAGAUGUUAAAAGUAGAGCCAUAUAUGCUCUCAGUUGCCUACUGCGAAGAUUUCCUUUAGCCCAAUUAAGAUUUGUAGAAAAUGGAGGAAUAUCUGUUGUCACAGAAAUUUUAGAGAAAGACCCUGUUAUAAAAGUUCAAAUUAAACUAAUUACUCUUAUGAAUGACCUAUUAAUAGAAAAUAUACAGGCUCUUAAAGAUAAUUCCAAUGAAAACCAAAAUUUUCUAAUUAGUCAGUAUCAACGUAUAAAUUUAGAAAAUUUAUUACUCAGUCACGGAUGGUGUGAGUACUUGAACAAACUGUUAUAUUCAUUAAUUGCAGCUGAUCCAGAUGACCAUGAUUCAAUAGAAAAAUGUGUACUGGCUAUGCAUACUGUUACAAAUAAAUGCGUACAGCAAUACAGCGGUGAUGUCUUGAUGCGGCUGCAAGAAAGAUAUAGAAGUUUAGCUUUAAACGAUCUAGAUAGAAGUGAUGAGUUAAGCAAUAGUGACUUUUUUACAAACUUGCAUGAUCUAUGUGGGGAUAUGGUGCAGCAGAAAAAUAUUAAGACUGAAUUGUAAGAUCAUAAUAAAUUAUUUAUUUUA